UAAACAAGUAUUUUGAUACGGGCGUGUGUGGAAGAAACACUGAUGAGUCGUAUCUUGUGCCGUGGAGUGCUCUCGCUUCGUGUUAUCUCAGCACCGAUGGCUCGAAACGCUAGUUACCUUAUUGAGGACCCUAAAUAUUCCUUCUUGAAGGAUUUGGGCUUGGAGAAGAAGAAUGUGGGUGUGUUCAACGGGAAAUGGCAGGCCAAUGGGCAGGUAAUCCAAUCCUUCAGCCCAGCCAACGGCAAGGUCAUAGCCGAAGUCCAGGCGGCCAGUCCAUCUGACUACGAGUCCUGCGCCGCGGCAGCGCAGGAGGCCUGGCGCGAAUGGGCGGAGCUCCCGGCGCCGGCGCGAGGGGAAGUGGUGCGGCAGAUUGGCGACGCGCUGAGAGAGAACUUGCAACCGUUGGGGCAGCUUGUGUCGCUUGAAAUGGGUAAAAUCCUCCCCGAGGCCAUCGGUGAAGUGGUGGAGUACAUCCACGUAUGCGACCUGGCUUUGGGCCUGUCCCGCUCUUUGCCCGGCACCAUCCUGCCUUCAGAACGCCCUGGUCACGUGCUCAUCGAGAAAUGGAACCCGUUGGGAGCUAUUGGCAUUAUCACCGCGUUUAACUUCCCUGUAGCCGUGUUUGGUUGGAACAGCGCCAUUGCAAUGGUUUGCGGCGACACAAGCGUAUGGAAGCCCUCAGACACGACCCCACUGAUCGCGGUCGCCGUUACUAAGAUUGUGGAGGGCGUUCUGGUCAAGAACAACAUCCCUGGCGCCGUCGCCUCGUUGUGCGUCGGCGGUAAAGAUGUCGGCCAACAGCUGGUCAAGGAUCCGAGGAUGAAGCUGGUCUCCUUCACUGGCAGCACUGCCGUUGGACAACAGGUCGGAGUGGAAGUGCAGAAGCGCUUCGGGCGCCACCUGCUGGAGCUGGGCGGCAACAACGCCAUCAUCGUCAACGCGGACGCCAACCUGGACCUGCUCCUGCAGGCCGCGUUGUUCGCGUGCGCCGGCACCGCGGGCCAGCGCUGCACCACCACCCGCAGGCUGCUGCUGCACAAGAAGGUGUACAGCGAAGUCGUAUCCCGCCUAACCAAGGCCUUCGCCGGCGUAGUGAGCAAGAUCGGUGACCCCCUACUGCCAGAAACACUCAUCGGGCCCCUACACACGCCGGCUGCCGUUGAAGCUUAUAAGAAGACGGUUGCUGAAAUCGUUAAGGCGGGCGGCAAGAUCGAGUUUGGUGGAAAGGUGAUCGAGCGUGAAGGAUACUUCGUGGAGCCCACCAUCGUGACGGGCCUGCGCCACGACCACAGGCUCGUCCACACCGAGUGCUUCGCGCCCAUCGUCUACUGCCUCGAGAUCCCGGACCUGGCUGCUGGCAUCGCGUACAACAACGAAGUCGAACAAGGGCUCUCGUCGAGCCUGUUCACUGAGAGCUUAGCUGAUAUCUUCAAGUGGAUCGGUCCCGGAGGCUCGGACUGCGGCAUCGUGAACGUGAACAUCCCGACGAGCGGCGCGGAGGUGGGCGGCGCGUUCGGCGGCGAGAAGGCCACGGGCGGCGGCCGCGAGUGCGGCGCCGACAGCUGGAGGAGCUACAUGCGCCGCGCCACCGUCACCAUCAACUACUCGGGGGCCAUUACACUGGCGCAGAAUAUUCAGUUUGGAGAUUAA